CCGUCGAGUUCCGCCGUCCGCCGGUGGCGGGGCCCGGCCUAGCGUGGGGCGUGCGUCGGCGUCGCGGGCCCCAGAGGGAUUCUGGGUAACGGCCCCGGCCGGCUGGGCGGCUGGCUCGGCGCAGCAGGUCUCCCCCACGGCGAGGCCGUGUGUUGUAGGGCCCGGGGCAGCCCGGCAUGGAGCAGCCGUGGCCGCCUCCAGGACCUUGGAGCCUCCCUCGGACCGAGGCUGAGGCUGAGGAAGAGAGUGACUUGGAUGUGUCUCCCAGCUCUCCCCGCUGCCCACCACUGCCGGGCGGCGGCGCCCAGAUGUAUAGCCGUGGAAUUGAAAUGGCUUGCCAAAAGCAGAAAGAGUUUGUGAAGAGCUCUGUGGCAUGCAAAUGGAACCUCGCUGAAGCUCAGCAGAAACUUGGUAGCUUAGCACUGCAUAAUUCUGAGUCCUUGGAUCAGGAACAGGCCAAGGCACAAACAGCAGUAUCAGAACUGAGGCAACAUGAAGAAGAAUGGCGGCAGAAAGAAGAGGCUCUAGUACAAAGAGAGAGAAUGUGUCUAUGGAAUGUGGAUACCAUUAGCAAGGAUGUUUUUAAUAAGAGUUUUAUUAAUCAAGAUAAAGGAAAAGAAACAGAAGAUGAAGAUAAAUCAGAAUCAUUUAUGCAGAAAUAUGAGCAAAAAAUCAGACAUUUUGGUAUGUUGAGUCGAUGGGAUGAUAGUCAGAGAUUUUUAUCUGACCAUCCAUAUCUUGUAUGUGAAGAAACUGCUAAAUAUCUUAUUUUAUGGUGUUUUCAUUUAGAAGCUGAACAGAAAGGGGCUCUAAUGGAACAAAUAGCACAUCAAGCUGUUGUAAUGCAAUUUAUUAUGGAAAUGGCCAAAAACUGUAAUGUGGAUCCAAGAGGGUGUUUUCGUUUAUUUUUCCAGAAAGCCAAAGCAGAGGAAGAAGGUUAUUUUGAAGCAUUCAAAAACGAACUUGAAGCUUUCAAAUCAAGAGUCAGACUUUAUUCUCAAUCACCAAGUUUUCAACCUAUGACAGUUCAGAAUCAUGUUCUCCAUUCUGGUGUUGGAUCUAUAGGUUUAUUAGAAUCCUUACCACAGGUCCCAAGAUUUUAAGACCAGCUUUAGCUUAAAGUUUAGUCUGUUGCCUACACAGUGAAAAGGAAAUUCUCAUUCAGAAGACAAUGUGAGGAGAGCCCUGUGUUUAUUUUUAAAUUUCAUAAAGCAGGUAUUGAGAUUUUCAAUAUCUUGACCUUAUGUCUCUCUAAUUUUACCAUUUCAGUUGUCACAUGUAUUGUAAAACAAAGGGACAAUUUAGGAAAGCAAUUGGUCACAUUUAGGUCAGCCAAAAAUGUUAUUCUGAAGGAUGGAAAUAAUCAAAAUCUGACUUUUAAAUAAUUAGUUAUGUUACCCAUAGUUAAACAAGUAAUAUUCCCCCUUGAUUUGUCCCAUGAAUUAUCUCUUAUUGCUGUUUAAAUAUAGUGAUGAUUUUCUCUUCAUUUCCUUGAGCCCACAGAGAAAUAGUCUUUCUAAGGUAAUUUUAUGACUAAGUCACUAUCAAGUUCAAUGUAGAAACUUAAAAUUAAGAAGUCACAUAAUGAAUGUAAAGAAAAAAUUUUUUUGAAGGAUAUCAUUGAUUCUAACAUAAGAGGGAAAGAUACAUGUUAAAAUAUCAUGAGAUAUUAUAUUAUCCAAAAGUUAUUUCCAGUUUGAGAGAAGUAAGUUCUUGUUCUAUGUAUCAAAUAGCAACUAAGAUCUGCUGCUAGGUAUCCAUUGGCAGUAAUUUUGACUGAGGACCUGGGCCUAUACAAUUUUGACAGUUUUGAAUUGCUGACAUUACCAGGGUUAUUUAUAUUUAAUUCAUCAUGCUGGGAGAAGAGCAUCCCAGUUUACUCCUUCUGAGGGAGAGAAGGGCUGGAUAAGAUUUCAGCUAGAUGCACAGGACUGUCAACUGGUGAGGGAAAUAUGAUGAGAGGCAACCUGUGGGGCUAAGUUGUCGGCUGAGAGAAGAUUUGGAAGAAAAGCUUACCAUAACAACACCCCAUUUUUAUUAUAUCAGUUUAUAGGUUGCAAAACACUCUUAUAUGUUGUAUCACUUAAUGAUCUCAAAAGCCCUAUGAUUCUUCUUCAUUCAUAUUAUGGAUAAACUGGAGAAUUAAGUAAUUUGCCUGAAGUCAAUACAGUAAAUGAUAGAGCUAAUAUUCUAAUCCUGAAUUUCUAUCCUACUUCACUGCUCAUUCAUCCAUACCAUAAUUGUUGUUGAAUCAUAUACAAGAAAUAGGACAAGAAAUGGGAAGAACUGGUCAUUGGGACAAGAAAUAUGUUGAGAACGUUACUAGAUGAGAAUAUGGGGUAAUCAGUGGAAUUUAAGUAUAGAUUAUGGUUAGGUGUACACAGUUCUUAGGAAGAUGGGUUAGAUGAGUUCUGGAGAAACUUCUUAGGCAACUCUCAAGGACAACUGGAGCCUGGUCUUUAAAGAGACUUUUGUUCUGAAGAACUUUGGAAUUGGAUCUUAGCAUUCUAUUUCUGUAGAGAGUGAGUAAUGUAAUGCGAGUAUUAAUAAUUUUUACACAAUUUAAACUUGGGUAACACUUUAGCUUUUAAUUUUUUAAAUUAAAUAUAUUUUUAUUGCUUUCAGAGAAGAAGGGAGAGGGAGAGAGAGUUAGAAACAUCAAUGACGAGAGUCAUUGACCGGCUGCCUCGUGCAUGCUCCCCACCAGGGACCUAGCCCGCAACCCAGGCAUGCGCCCUUGACCGGAAUCGAAUCUGGGACCCUUCUGCCACAGGCCGACACUCUAUCCACUGAGCCAAACCGGCCAGGGCUAAUUUCAUUUUUUAGAUUGAUAACAAUCUUGAGAAAUAAGCCAAAUAUUUUUGUUUGAGUAAACUAAAACAAGGCCUCUUGAUAAAGAAAUAUGUAAUAGUUACUAUUAGGCUUAUCCUAUAUGCUAGCUUUUAAUUCUAUUAAGUUGUGAUAAAUUAUUUUCUCUCUGAGGUUUGCAUUAAGUGAUAGAGGCAGGAUUGGGGUUCAAUGUUUAGUAUUACACACCUCAGUCAGUUAUUAGUGCCACUUCCUUCAUAAAGACCUGAUUGGGAAUAAUCCAACUUAUGGCUAGCUUUUUUACUUUUAAAGUAAAAAAAUCACAAAGUAUUGUAUUUUUUUAACAUGUAUUUUUAUUGAUUUCAAAGAGCAAGGGAGAAGGAGAGAGAUUUGGAAACAUCAAAGAUGAGAGAAUCAUUGAUAGGCUGCCUCCUGCAUGCCCCCUACUGGGGAUUGGGCCCACAACCCUGGCAUGUGCCCUUUUAAAAAAUAUAUAUAUUUUAUUGAUUUUUUACAGAGAGGAGGGGAGAGGGAUAGAGAGUUAGAAACAUCGACGAGAGAGAACCAUUGAUCAGCUGCCUCCUGCACACUCCCUACUGAGGAUGUGCCUGCAACCAAGGUACAUGCCCUUGACCAGAAUCGAACCUGGGACCCUUCAGUCUGCAGGCCGAUGCUCUAUCCACUGAGCCAAACCGGUUAGGGCUGGCAUGUGCCCUUGACCAGAAUUGAACCCGGGACCCUUCAGUCCAUAGGCUGAUGCUCUAUCCUCUGAGCCAAACCAGCUAGGGCCAAGUAUUGUAUUUUUACUUAGAGGAUCUUUUGAAAACCUGCCUCCCUAUGGGAUAGGGAGGUUUGAAACAUCUAUCCCCUGUUUGGACUAUUUUCCUCACUGGUGUUUAUUAAAUUAAAUCAAUGAAACUAGGUGAUAGGUAGUAAAACUUUUAAGUUGCUGGCAGAUACUCAGAACAAUUGAGUAGAGAAAAUAGAAUUCUUGGGGAAGAAUUAUCUAAACUAGGUCUUAAGGGCUUAUGUCACUAUUCAUUGUGCUUUAACACUCAGUGGUUUUAUUUUUGCAUUCAUUGAAUAAGGUUUUCUGUUUCUAGUUUUAGAAAUGGACAAAUAGAACAUUUAUGAGUUGUUCUUAUGUCUAAAAAAUAACUAAAACCUAAAUUAAACUGUUCUUUUACACAAUUUUUAAAAUAUGAGUCUGAGUACCUCUCAAAAGAGUUAAGAUUUCUCACUUCAGUUUGUUUUAACCUUUGAGAAACCAAAAUAAACUCUUAAGAUAGCUAUAAUUUUUACUCAGUAUAUACAUUUUUCCUUAUUCAAGUGUUGCAUUUUUACUAUUCUAAUUAGAUGAUAAUCUUCAAAAUACAUUUCUGAUUUAAAGCCAUUUAUAUUUUAAAUUAUCAAUAGCUACAUAUAAUUACAAGGAAGAUGUAGCCUUGUAUAAUUAAAUAAUUAAAAUUAUACAGUUUUAUUAAAAGAAAAAAAAGUGUUUUUUACAUUUGUAUUUUUCAUAUACAUCUUUUUGUCUUUCACAUCUCUGGAUUAAGUGGUAAUAGUCUAUUUCUUUCUUUCUCUUUAUCUUGGGUUGACUUCAAAGUCUUUCUUGCCCACUCUCCUACACUGCAGAGAAAAACAGAAUGUGUAGCUGAGUGUGUAUGUGCAUAUACUGGCAUAAACUA